AUGACCGCCAUCGGAUCCCUCGUUUUCUGCACGGACUGUGGCAACCUGCUCGAAUCCAACACUGGCCGCAAAGCAUACCUCGCCUGCGAUGUCUGUGGCACGCAGAACAAGGACACAUCCUCCAAAGUAGUCGUCACGUCCUCGAAGCCUUCGGCAUUUCCCUCUGCACUGCGGACGAGACUACGCUCGGAUCUGCAGGAAAUCUCAGAGGCCGAUAUGCAGACUGAGGCCACCAUCAAACAGCCAUGUGAGAAAUGCGGCAACGAAGAAGUUCUCUACCACGAACAGCAGCUCCGAUCCGCAGACGAAGGGAGCACAAUCUUCUUCACUUGCCCGCGAUGUAAUCACAAGUGGAAUACCAACAAUUGA